AUGAGAGUCCCAAUCUGGAUCCAGCUUGCGCUGCUUGUGAGCGCCGUCGCCCUGCUCGCCCUCGCCGUCGUCGCAGUGCCGACGUGGAUAUACGUCCAAAGCUUCGUCGCCAAUGUUGAAACUGACAGCCUUGCCCUCGCAGCAUCGCUCUACGCAGCCAAAAUUGAUUCACAGCUACAGCUGCUUAACACCAUCAGCCGCACCAUCUCCACGCGCAUCCUGAUACAGCAGUCUUUGGUCAAUUACUAUAAUGGCAACUCGACAACAACGGAUCCAUUUGAGCCGACCGUCACCGACCUACAAAGCGCCCUCGCCACAAACAGCUUCACUGGUCUGCUGCAGGCCCGGAUUUACUCGCGAAACCAGACUGGCGAGAAUGCAACGGGGCUUGUCAGUGUGACGGGCUCCGGCGUUGGGACGCAGACGCAAAACAUCGAAUUACCGUACCUCACUCCCAAUGGAUCACGCGUCAACCUCAGCGAUGCUGAAUUCGGAUACCCUCCCUGUCUGUAUCCAAACAUCACCUAUGCAACCUUGGACUAUCCAAAUCCAUAUAUAACCUCAGAGACUGCCGUGUCGGCUAGUGCCUUUCCAGACGUGUUGUUGAGCGAUAGCCGGGGGCUGCUCCUUGGCCCACUGGCUAUCAACCAGACGUUCGCGCUUGUAUCACUCACGAUCCCGAUUCGAUCUUUGCAGGCCAAUGGAUUUAUACUAGGAUAUCUAACGCUGGUCGCUGCUGCCAACUCGUUCUUUGACAUCCAAACAGCGACCGAUGGACUUGGCAGCACUGGCGUCGCCAUACUCGUCACUCCCAACGAUCCGUCAAACCGCUUCACGCCACCACUACUGCCCUCCAAUGCCACCUUUCGGCCACCAAAGAAUUCUUUGAGCAAAUACGAAAUUCGCUUUGUAUUGUCACCCAUCACUCCUCCAGGACAACCCGAUCGUCAUCAAGUUCAGCAAGGAAAUUGGGACUUACCCUUUGUCUUGUCUCGCUACCCAGCCAUCUAUGGUGUGUACUCGACGUACAAUGGGAAGCCGAAUAAUGCCCGCGCUAGCUUGACAGAAAAGAACGAGCGAGGGUUCUCGGUAGCAGUCGGUGUUGCUCGCCCACGAACCACACUCGUUGACUGGGCCAUUGUCGUAGAAAAGUCGCACAGCGAGGCUUACCUCCCCAUUUCGCAGCUACGGAAGAUCUUAGUCGGAUGCGCAUUCGGAACUGCCGGCUUGGUCAUGAUACUCAUCAUACCUUGCGCAUACUUUAGCGUCCGCCCCAUUCGGAGACUCAAGACAGCCACUGAAAAGUCAAUCUCGGUGCCUGGGUGCAAUCUCACGUACGGCGAUGAAGACAAGAACGCAGCCAGCACCGGAGGCACUCUAUCGUCAGCUUCGAUUAGGGGGAUUUUUCAAAGCUUCCAAAGAAAGUUCGCAAAGCCCCAGCAAGCACUGACGCAAGCCGAAAUCGACAAUCACCGCCGACUCUUUAGGAUUCCUGGCAGGGUCAAGGAGAGAUCGCAUCUGAUUACUGAUGAAGUGACAGAACUCACAGAGGUCUACAACAAAAUGACGGAUGAGCUUGUGAAACAAUACACAUCACUCGAUGAGCAAGUGGCAAAGAGGACCCGGGAAUUGGAAAUCAGCAAAAAGGCUGCCGAGGCUGCGAGUGAGAGUAAGACGCUAUUUAUCGCUAAUAUCUCUCAUGAACUCAAGACGCCACUCAAUGGAAUCAUGGGCAUAUGUGCCGUCUGUAUGGAAGAAAACGACAUUCUCCAUAUACAGCAUUCUUUGAAGACCCUAUAUCGAUCUGGUGAGUCGGAUGAAAAUUUUACAUGUGCGGCAGGCUGGCUAACGGGAACGCCAGGCGAAUUAUUACUGCACCUCUUGGAAGACUUGCUCAGCUUCUCCAAAAACCAAGUCAACCAUGAGAUCAAGCUCGAGCUCAAGGAAUUCCGACUCGGGGAAAUACGGUCGCAAAUCAUAUCUAUUUUCGACAAACAAGCCAGGGACAAUAAAAUCGAUCUAGAAGUCGUUUUAUCUAGUCCAGAAUAUCAGGAUCAUCACGAGACACCACAUCUUCCUCUCCAACAAAGUUUGGUCCAAACUGGCCGUCCUGGCCGCCUACGCGACAUGUACGUCUUGGGAGAUCAGCACAGGAUAUUACAAGUCAUCAUCAAUCUCGUUAGCAACAGUUUGAAGUUUACAUCAGCGGGCGGCAAGGUUCAGGUUCGAAUACAGCGAGGGGAUGCGAUGACGGUGAAGCAGGGCACGCGGCAAAAGGCUUUGACACAAAAAUCUCAAUCCAGCAGCGAAAAGAGUGGCACUCGAGCAAGAUGCUCGCCAUCGUCGGCUUCGGAAACAGGAGAGAUUGAAACAAAGACAUGCGAUCAAGAAGAUCUCGCUAGUGACUCCCACGUCAUGUUUACUCAAGACGUGCAAAGACCGCCGACGUUGGCCGAUAGUCUCGCAACUGCAUAUCUCUUUACAUUCGAAGUCGAAGAUACAGGGCGCGGCAUUCCCAGCAACAUGCAGGAUCAAAUCUUUGAGCCAUUUGUGCAAGUGGACUCGAGCUUCAGCAAAGAGUUUGGCGGCACCGGAUUGGGGUUGAGUAUCUGCUCACAGCUGGCCAAGCUAAUGGGCGGCACGAUUACUGUAAGAAGCAGUGAGGGGCUCGGCUCAACAUUUAGUCUACAAAUCCCCCUCGAACAUAUCAUAGACCGUGUGCCAAGCACCAUGUCGGAAAGCACGAGGCAAGUGUCAAGAGCACCAAGCGUUGGCGGCUCAACAACUGGUGGUGGCGGCGGCGGCAGCAGCAGCUGCCACCGCAACUCUUUGAGCAGUGUGCUUGCGCAGGACCCCGAUCCAGUAGUUACAGCAAACAGCAACGACAGCCACAGAACCGAUAUUCAGCCUCGUCUUGUCGGCCUCAGCACACCAUUCUUCCCACCGAAUCCCUACCAGACGCCGCCCGUCCCACCUUGCAACCCAACAACCACCGUCGUUGCGCCGCCAACCACGAGCGUCGAGACGCAAGCUGCCAUCCAAAAAGCCAAAGCCGACAAGGCCAAAACCUCUGGAGGCGAGUCGGCAAACAGCGAGCUAUGUGUGCUCGUGGCUGACGACAAUGCGACGAAUAUCGAGGUUGUACGCAGAAUGCUCAAACUGGAAAAGGUUCUUGAUGUUUGCAUUGCAAAGGACGGUCGCGAGGCAUACGAGGUGGUCAAGGCCAACAUGGAGCGAAAUCGGAAAUUUGAUCUCAUCUUUAUGGAUGUGCAAAUGCCCAAUCUGGACGGCAUUCAGUCGACCAAGCUGAUUCGGCAGAUGGGCUAUGCGGCCCCCAUCGUGGCCUUGACAGCAUUUUCCGAGGAGAGCAAUCGCAAAGAGUGCAUCGAGUCGGGCAUGGACGAGUUUCUGGCAAAGCCUAUACGGAGGUCAGCGCUGAAGAGUGUCUUGACGAAAUUUGCCACAAUAUACGAGGAAAAGACAUGA